AUGGACGCAGCGAACCUACCAAACCUGCACGACGUGACCUCGCCCGACCACUUCAAAGCCCUCCUCUCGGCCGACCUCUCCCGCGUGUCGCUGCUGAACUUCUGGGCGCCAUGGGCCGCGCCGUGCGCGCAGAUGAACGAGGUCGUGCGCGAGCUGGGGCGGAAGUAUCCGAGCUUGCUGGUGCUGAUGAUCGAGGCGGAGGAGCAGGCGGAUAUUACGGAGUCGUUUGACGUCGAGGCUGUGCCGAGUUUUAUUCUCUUGCGCGGACAUACAUUGUUGAGCAGGAUCUCGGGCGCGGACGCUGCUGCACUUACUUCUGCCGUCGCACAUCACACACGGCCGACCGCAUCUGCGCCACUAUCCCACACUGACCGUGCGCCUGCACCGGCACCGGCAGAGGAGACGCCCGAGCAGCUGAACGAGCGCUUGAGGGGGUUGAUGAACAGGAGCAAGGUUAUGCUGUUCAUGAAGGGCUCGCCGGAUGUACCCCGUUGUGGCUUUAGCAGGCGCACGGUUGCGCUGUUGCGGGACCAGAAGGUCGAUUUUGACAGCUUUGACAUUCUCGGCGACGACUCUGUGCGAUCCGGUCUGAAGGUCCUGAACGAGUGGCCGACGUUCCCACAGCUCAUCAUCAACGGCGAAUUCGUGGGCGGACUAGACAUCGUCACCGAGAUGGCGUCGAACGGCGAGCUGAAGGAGCUGCUCUCUGCCUAA